CGGCAGCUCUGCCGCGUGUGCCUGCGACUUCCGGCCGUUCGUGCGUCUCCGCCGGGGCCAUGGGGAAAGUGAGGGGGCUGCGGGCCCGGGUGCACCAGGCUGCAGUGAGGCUCACGGGGGAGCCCGCGGUCGGCCUCGCGCCCCCGGUCCCAGAGGGGGCCCCUCGGCAGACUUCGGCCGUUGGAGUCGGGGGGAAGGAGUGGGCUUUCGUGAACACUGAUAUCUUUGCCAGGACCAAGAUCGACCCCAGUGCCUUGGUGCAGAAGCUGGACCUGGACGCCAGGAGCGUUACUUCCAUCAGGAAAGGCACAGAGGCGAAGGCUGUUAUGCCCAAGAAGGAGAAACUGAAGCUGAGACGCGAGAGGUGGCUGCAGAAAAUCGAAGCCCUGAAGCUGGCGGAGCAGGAGCGCAGGGCAGAGCGGAGGCGGAGGGCCACUGUGGUGGUGGGGGACCUGCAGCCCCUGAGGGACGCCCUCCCCGAGCUGCUGGAGCUGGGGGCCAGUGGCAGGCGGCAGCCCACCAGAGGGGCAGGCAGCAAGCCACGACCAGCCGAGCUGAGCCGGAUGAGCGCGGCGCAGAGGCUCCAGCUCCUUGAGGAAGAAAGGACCCGCUUUCGGGAGCUGCUGGCCAGUCCAGCCUAUAGAGCCAGUCCCCUGCUGGCCAUCGGGCAGCAGCUGGCCCAGCAGAUGCAACUGGACCGUGGCGCGCAGCCCUGACCCGGCCCGGGGGCAUGCCUGGAGCUCCGAGGACGCACACAAGAUGCCCAGAGAGGGCUGACUCCUCACCGUCGUCACUCUGAGCCUGGUGGACAGCCAGCGCACCGCCACCUGGUUCUUUUUCAGUUAUUAGGGAAUGGGUAGGGGCAGAGCCCCCCUGCA